AUUUUAUUACUUCCACGGAAUUAAUUAUGUUAAUUUUAAAGUAAGAAUUCCAGUCGGUCUAUUGACAAGGAGUGACAGUGACAUCCAGGGUUUCCUGUUUCCUGCCAGAGGACUUGGGGGAAGAUGUGGGAAAAGGUUCUGGUCAACCUAAUGCCCCUGCUUCUUUUACCAUUCCCUAUAUGCACUGGUGUGUCUCCACCAGGGCAACCUGUUCACCUUUACUGUAGAUCUCCUGAGAAAGAGACCUUUACAUGCCGAUGGGAGCCUGGUUCAGAUGGCGGACUGCCAACCACGUACAUCCUUUACUACCAGAGAGAAGAUUCGGAUGAAACCUUUGAGUGUCCAGAUUACCAGUCUGCAGGGGACCACUCCUGCUUCUUUGACAGGACUCACACAUCUAUCUGGGUCACCUACAACAUUACAAUAGUGGCCUCCAACUCCCUGGGCAGAACCAGAUCUGACCCCUUAGAAGUGGAUGUUAUGAAUAUAGUGUAUCCCAAUGCCCCGGAAAAUUUGACAGCAUCAGUUGAAUUCUUACCAAGUGAGGACAGCCCUUACCUGCUAAUGACCUGGGAACCACCUCAUGGACUGGAUGUUCACUCAGGAUGGACCACACCCACCUAUCAACUGCGCAUUAAACAAGAGAAACAGAACGAGUGGGAGGAGUAUGUCUCAGGCAAACAGACCCAGUUUGCUAUAUACAGUCUCCCCCCUGAGGCUCUGUUCAUGGUCCAAGUGCAGUGCAGGAUAGACCAUGGCCUGUGGAGUGAAUGGAGCCCCAUGGUCUACGCUGAAGUCCCUAACUAUACCAGAUCAGAUAAAUCAGACUGGAUUGUGGUUGGGGUCUCUCUGUCAUUUAUUGUUCUUGUGGGCACGUGUAUCCUGUCUGUGAAGAGAAAAUAUAUCAAGCAUUGUGUUUUGCCACCUGUUCCUGGUCCAAAGAUAAAAGGAUUUGAUGGACAACUCCUCAAGAAUGGGCGGCCCGAGGACAUUCUCAAUGCUGUGUUCCAGCAGGGAUUUCCUCCUACAGUGUCCUGCAAAGACCAAUUGGAAUAUCUAGUUGUGUUUGACAGUAAGGAGUCAAUGAUGAAUUCUCCAACAGAAAGCCACAGGCCUACUUCCACUGAGACCACCUCCAUGUUGGAUCCACCUUAUUUCUAUGCGGAUUUACAGUCCAUCCAAAACUUAAGUGCCCAACAACAGAUAGAUGCCUCAGAAAACCCUAUUGCCAAACACAUAAACAAUAUCAAAAUUCAAGUCAACAGCCAAAACAACAGGGAUGAAGAACUUCAUAUGGACAGAACCGCUGUGAAUAUGUUCUGUACCUCCACUGCGAUUGGCUACGUGGAUGUAUCCAACGUCACUGAAGAGGAGCUAAAUGAGAAUCAGUUGAACUACAGUAAAGUCAGUGGGGUGGACACAAACAAUGUACUCUUACUGCAGAGAGAAAUUGUACAACCUAAAAGCCCUCCAUUUAGGGAGAAAGGGAAUCUAGAGGAGUUCACCAGUCAGAGGUCAUGUUAUCUUGACAAGACAGGACCCAUACCAGGGGGGGUGAACACAGGAUUGAAAGACAAUGGCUAUGUGGACACUAUGCCUAUGUAACCCAUGCUGUAAUGUUGUUUAAAUGAUGGUUGGACACUGAAAUUACAGUACACACAUCAUAAAAAAACACAAUGAUAAAAAGGACUUCUCAGGGGGGAAACUACAGACUUUUAAAGACUAUGACAAUCCUAGUGUUUAAAUCAACAUGGUGUUCUUCAUUCUGUGUUGAUAUACAAUAUGUAUCAAGUUUAUUGUGAAUAUUCAUUUAUGGUCAUCGUUGGGUUCAAAUGUACGGUGCAUGCUGUCUUAACUCUUUCCAAGAAUCUCAAGUAACCAAGCAAUGGCAGUGAUAUACUACAUUCUAGUUAUAUUACUAAAAUAACAACUGCAACCAUGUUGAAGUAGACUUUAGUUACACUCAAGCAACCUUGUUGCAUGUAUUUUAUAUGCAAAGUAAUUUAUUGUUUGGAGAAGAAUUUACCUCAGAACUAACAAUGUAUACACAUUUUUAUAAUGCUCUUUGUUAUAAUUAUCACAAACUAGUAAACUAUCAUUUCUUUGUAUUUUGCAAAUAAAUCAACACAUAAUUCCAAUCCAAAGAAAAUCAUUUUACAAUAGCUACCACAAAGUAAAUCUGAAGAAAAAUGUACAUUUUAAAUGCACCCUUGACAGGCAGUCCAAAAUAAACAAGGAAAAUUGUGAUUGGCUCUACUUCGCAAUACAAUCAUAAUAUAACCAUUCCAGUGGAUGCAGUAUAUUUCGGCUAUGUCCAAGACAGGAAAAGCUACAGGGAAGCAUGAUGUUCAGAAUGAUACAUCAAAACAUGAAUACAAUUUGCAAGUUUACUUGGAACACUGGCAGAAAAGACAAAUGUUUUAGUGCUAUUGCAAUGUUGUCCAAAAGUGUAAGCCUCAACAACAAUCUUAGAAAGCAACAAUAAGGCCACAUUGUCUUCCUUACAUUAAUUAUACUUGUCAAUGAUUGUUAUUCAUUCCAGGCACAUUCGGUAUAUCACCUCUAAAUCUUCCCAGGAUAGUCACAAAGUAUUUUUUAUUAUUAUUAAACAGUCUAAUAAAUUCCUGUUGAGUGGU